UCUACAACCAGAGAGACGUCAACUUGAAACUGAAGGACUUCGACUAUUUUACCGCCGCUUGUAUCAUCCGACACUAAUCGCUGCGUUGGUGUUAUAUCAUCAUGCCUACUGAGCACAGCACUGAACAACCUGCUUCAAAAGUUUCCGACGACAAUGAGCCCGUUUCUAUCACAGCUAAGGAGCAAAAUAACGCCGCUGAAGAUUUCACUGCUAGCCAAAAAGAAUCUCAAGGCGCAGAAGCUUCAGGUAGUCCAUCGAAAGUAGUGGAAUCCGUGAAAGAAGACGAUACGGCCACAAAAGCGCGAGAGAGACGGGAAAGAUUCAAAGCCCUUCAAGCCCGUGCAAAAUCCGCAACCGAGCGCAACUUGAAGGAAACGGCAGCCGAGACACAGCGUCUAGCAACCGAUCCAUCGCUGCUUUCGUCAUUGUCUCGUAAACAUGCGUUUGCGUCACACAACCUACUUAAAGCCGAUACGGAAGCCGCCGGUGAAGAUUUUGAACGGAAACGCGCCUGGGAUUGGACGGUCGACGAAUCCGAGAAGUGGGAUAAGCGAAUGGAGAAAAAACAACGCCAUCGCGAUGAUGUCGCUUUCCAGGAUUAUACGCAAGAUGCACGCAAAGUCUACAAGAGGCAACUGCGCGAGAUACAGCCAGACUUAGAAGCUUACGAGCGAGAAAAGUUGGCAGCUAUUGAGAAGGCUGCUGCUAAUGGCGACUUGGAAAUUGUGGAAACCAAUGAUGGUGAAAUGAUUGCCGUCGAUAAGAACGGCUCUUUCUAUUCCACUGCCGAUACAGUAGGCUUCACUGAGAAUAAGCCUGAUCGAGCCGCUGUCGAUAAAUUGGUGGGAGACCUCAGGAAAGCAGAAGAAGUUCGGCUCAAGAAACGGAGAGAACGCCGUGGCGAAGAGGACGCCGAUGUCACCUACAUCAACGAAAAGAACAAGCAAUUCAACCAGAAGUUGGCACGCUUCUAUAACAAGUACACUACGGAAAUUCGUGACAGCUUCGAACGUGGUACCAUGAUCUGAUAGAAAUACAUGAGACUAUAUCUAUAAUACAGCGCAGGGCUUGCCGAUCAGCGUCCAGCCAUGUUUUAGGGCUAUCAGGCCUGCAAGCU